CACGAGAAACAACUGCUGCGUGCUAAAGGAAAAUACUGCUUGUGGAAAGUAGGCAAUCGUCGAAACCAGGUUCCGUAAGAACAUCGAUACGUUAAGUCCAAACGCUCGUCUUUAGCUGUUGUUAUCAACUGUAAGUAGAAGUCAGACCAAAUUUAAAAGGUCAUUAUUUCUAUAUACACAUUCGCUUCUACUUAGUGGCGUUGAGAAUAACCAUAAUAAGGACGAACUACGUGGAAGGCCUUAAAUCACCAUGAAACGUAAACAACGACUGUGUGUGUUAUUCUUGUGGGCUACCGUAGUUUAUUGUUUCACCAUGGUCUGGGGGUUGCCAAAGGUCCUCAAAAUCGUUGGAUUAUUCGAGAAUGAAGAUGACGAUCUUUCUGAGGCCUUUCACUAUGCUGUUGACAGGAUUAACAUCGACCUAAGCGUUCUUCCUAAGUCCAAACUUUCUACUCAAGUCGUUUGGUUGGAAAAAGACGAUAGCUUUCAGGCUUCUAAAACAAGAACAAAACCCCAAAUCAAUCGAACUUCCAAGUUGACUCUUUUGAAAACACUCGACGGUCUACAUGAAGCUAUAAAUCAUUAACACAAGAGAUAUCAAAGAAUACAUAAACUUUAGCAAUAACUUAUCUCUGCUGAGUUUUCCUUUUAAAAAAUUAUUUUUUUUUCUUUUACAAUAGCAAAGUUUGAGACUAUGUUUAAGUUUGUAAUGUUUUUGAUUUCAUGCUUGUAAUGACGGUUCGAAUGUCCGGCUUGUAAAAUAAAUAGUCUUUAUUGUUUUUUAACCUACACAGUAAAAGUUAAAUUUCUUUACAUGAUUCAGUUUAUAGUCAAUCUGCCACCUUUCAAAACGUUUUAUAUUUGAAAUAAAGUUUCUAUCACUUCUCAUUCAA